CCAAAAUUUCCUUCAAUUUAUUAGCACUUUUGUUUGUGCAUCAUAAUUACUAUGGCUACAGCACUUCUCAGACGGCAAUUGCUGCAAUCCAGCAGCCAUGCAAGGACUUUCAGCUCGAGUCCUAUCGUUGCUGCUGGCGCCGUUAAGAAGCUCGGUGUAAUUGGGGCCGGACAGAUGGGUCUGGGAAUAGCCCUUGUUGCUGCCCGAAAUGCUGGUGUCCCAGUGACUCUCCUCGACACUUCCCAGGCUUCAAUUGACAAAGGCCUCAAGUUCGCUGAUAAACUCCUUGCCAAAGAUGUCGCCAAAGAGCGCAUUUCCCAGUCAGAUGCCGACCUUAUUCGCAGCCGUCUCACCUCGACCACCAACAUGGACGACCUCUCGUCGGUCGACUUCGUCAUCGAAGCCGUCCCCGAGAUCCCAUCCCUGAAGUUCGACAUCUUCUCGCGCCUUGGGCAAAUCGCCCCGGCCCACGCGAUCCUGGCCACCAACACCUCCUCCAUCUCUAUCACUCGCAUCGCAGCAGCCACGACCCAGGACCCAACCAACACCUCGGUGUCAUCGCGCGUUGUCGCAACGCACUUCAUGAACCCCGUCCCCAUCCAGAAGGGUGUCGAGAUCAUCUCUGGACUCCAGACUAGCCAGGAGACUCUGGAUACUGCUGUUGAGUUCUGCAAGGCAAUGGGAAAGAUCCCAUCUGUGUCGGCUGACAGGCCUGGUUUCCUCGCAAACCGCAUCCUGAUGCCAUAUAUCAACGAGGCCAUCAUCUGCCUCGAAACCGGCGUCGGCCAGCGUGACGAUAUUGAUGCCAUUAUGAAGAACGGCACCGGUGUUCCCAUGGGCCCGCUUCAACUUGCAGACUUCAUUGGCAUUGACACCUGUCUCGCUAUUAUGAAGGUGCUGUAUGAGGAUACUGGAGAUUCGAAAUACAGACCUAGCGUUCUGCUGAAGGGUAUGGUGGAUGCUGGAUGGCUCGGAAAGAAGAGCGGGAAGGGUUUCUACGACUAUUAAAUAAAACGUGGGCGCGGAGGGAAUGGAAGGAGCCACAGUGUGUAACCACUAUAUAUAACAUCAUUCUGCAGUCAAUUGAUAUGGCACGAGAGGCUACAUAGCGCUAUGUAGAUCAAUGUUUUUGGCAGACGCGAUUGAAUCAGAUUUAUACAAGCCAGAGAUCCUGCUCGAAGCUACAAAAACGAUAUAGACAAAUAAUCAGAAUAACCUCCAUGCGCACCCCC